AUGGCUCCGAGUGCAGUGGCUCCAACCCCAGUCCCAACUCAUGAGGUCAGGCAGAAGUCGAUCCAUAGCAACCUGGCCCCAGUGCAGUCAUUGCCGAAUACACCCAAGAAGAUCGCAAGUUAUCGGGGAUAUGAUCAUGUUGCAUGGUGGGUGGGAAAUGCCAAGCAGGCGGCGGCGUUUUAUGUCUCUCGAAUGGGCUUUGAGCGAAUCGCAUACCGCGGGCUAGAAACUGGUUCGAGAGUGGUCGCUUCUCAUGUUGUUCGAAAUGGAGAGGUUGUUUUCGUGCUCAGCUCGCCACUACAUGGCCCUGAUUCGAAGGUCCCCUGGCUCUCCGACGACGAUCGAACUCUCUUAAGGGAGAUGCACGAUCAUCUGGCCACCCACGGGGAUGCCGUCCGCGAUGUUGCUUUUGAGGUGGACGACGUGUCUGCAGUAUACGAUGCAGCUGUGGCAAAGGGUGCAUAUCCUGUUGCAGCACCUGCGAGCACUAGCGACGACUUUGGAACAGCAAAAAUGGCGUCGAUCAAAACGUACGGCGAUACCAUUCAUACCCUUAUCGAGCGCCAAAAAUACCAAGGGGCCUUUUUGCCAGGUUAUCGAGCGGUAACAGACGUCGAGAAAACGGCCAAGUACCUUCCGUCGGUCAACUUGGCCGUCAUUGACCAUUGUGUGGGGAACCAAGAUUGGGACGAAAUGGAGGCGGCUUGCGAAUACUAUGAAAGAACGCUCGGCUUCCAUAGAUUCUGGUCGGUGGAUGACAAGGAUAUCUGCACCGAUUAUUCUGCGUUGAAGUCGGUGGUGAUGGCCAGUCCUGACGAGAAAAUCAAAAUGCCAAUCAAUGAGCCGGCAAAGGGCCUUCGGAAGUCGCAAAUAGAAGAGUAUGUCGACUUCUAUAACGGUGCUGGAGUUCAACACAUUGCGUUGAGGACCGACGACAUCAUCACCACGGUUACCAACCUAAAGGAGAGAGGUAUCGAGUUCAUCAGUGUUCCCGACACUUACUAUGAAACCAUGUCCAAAAGGCUGCAAAGCGCGGGGAUGAAGCUGAACGAAGACUUUGCUGCUCUGAAGAGGCUCGGAAUCCUCAUCGACUUCGACGAGGGCGGGUAUUUGCUGCAGCUCUUUACCAAGCACUUAAUGGAUAGGCCUACGGUGUUUAUCGAAAUCAUCCAGAGGAACAACUUCUCUGGGUUCGGGGCCGGCAAUUUCAAGGCGUUGUUCGAGGCGAUUGAGAGGGAGCAGAUGGCGCGUGGUAAUCUGUAA